CAUUGCCUACCCGCCACCUUCAAUCGCUCUUCCAAUCCCGUCAACGCUCUAUAUACUAAGCCUCGCUUACUAGCUCUCCGGCGUCUGAGCAUGGGUCUUUCGGGGUUGAUGAAGGGUCCAGCGGUCCUUAAUGAGCGGUGGUGAUUGCGGGGCAAGUGGACAAGAUGAGGGGCAAAGUUUUCUCCUGCCAAUUGCUUCGUUCUCAUCUCAUACUCUUUGUCUGAGCUAUCCAUACUAUCGCAUUGAAAAUGUCGUCGUCCCUCAAGAGAAGCCCCCCGUUCCGCGCCGAGCACGUUGGCUCAUUGCUCCGUCCCCAGGAGCUUGUGCAGAAACGUUACGAUGUCGCGUCAGGCAAAGCUAAGCCAGAGGAGCUCGUCCCUCUAGAGGACAAGACUGUCGCAGAGGUAGUCAAGUUUCAGCAAGAUUGCGGUCUCAAGGUAGUGUCGAGUGGAGAGUACACCAGGCACAUGUUCUGGGGUACCUUCUUCGAAACACUGCAUGGAAUGAAGGAACUCCAACUCGGCGUUUUGAAGGGCUACACUGUGGACAUGUUCCGCGCGUAUGCGCCUGAUACCAAGUCUUUCAUGGAAGCGAAACAGGUCCCUAACCAUGUAACUGUCUGCGUCGACAAGAUUAAGCACCCCGGCACGUCGAGCAACCAGCGCGAAGUCGACCUUAUGAAGAGCCUUUUGCCUGAAAGCGAGUGGAAGAACAUCAAGAUUACGUUGAUUUCACCAUCGUGGUACCACUUCCGUUACAUGAACGGAAGAGCCUACCCCAAGGACGUUUAUGCAAAUGACGAAGAAUACUUCGAGGACGUCGCGAAGGCAUACCAGGAGGAGCUGAAGAUCCUCCACGCGCAGGGUAUCAGGAACAUUCAAAUCGACGACCCAAACCUGGCCUACUUCUGCUCAGAAGAUAUGCUUGCAGGCUGGAAGGCCGACACCACGAACGACAAGACUGCCGACGAGAUGUUUGAUGCAUAUGUCAAGUUCUACAACAAGUGUUUCGUACGUCCCGAUGACAUGCAUCUCGGCAUCCACUUGUGCCGCGGUAACUACGUCGGCAGCCGUCAUUUCUCAGAGGGCGCAUACGACAACAUCGCCAAGAAGCUGUUCCAGGACCUGAACGUCGACACAUACUACCUGGAAUACGACACCCCCCGCGCAGGAGGUUUCGAGCCACUAGCACACCUUCCCAAGGACAAGAACGUCGUUCUCGGUGUCAUCACAUCCAAGUUCCCUAAGCUUGAGGACAAGGAUGAGAUGAUCGCAAGGGUGAACCAGGCUGCUGAUUGGAUCGCAAAGGGUACCGGCCAAUCUCGUGAAGAUGCCCUCCAGCAAUGCUGCGUCAGCCCCCAGUGCGGCUUCGCGUCACACGCCGAAGGUAACAGUCUCGGCUACGAGGAUAUGAGGAAGAAGCUGCAGCUUGUAAGGAGCAUCGCCGACGCUGUAUGGCCUGGGCAACCAUAGAAUGAAGGAAUAAGAAUAGUUUCGGGGCGGAUGGGAUGGAAGGGAACAACCUGGUAACGGAUAGGAGAGUUCUCGGACGAGGCGCAGCUACCGGGCGG